CGCUCUCAGAUUUCUCUCUAGUAGAACUCGUCGUGCGUGUGAAUGAAUUUUUACGUUUCGUGAUCUGGCAACACUGCAGUCAGCUGUUUUCGAAGCUGUUGUUUAUCGGCCUGAAUUCGUAUUUCAUUUUCUUAAAUUUCCUCGUGGCGUUUAAUCCACGCGCGUGUUUUGUUCUUAUUAACGUAAUCCAAGGAACACGUUACGCGUCUGUGUCAGAAAUCAAGGCGCAAAGUACAUAAUUUGCCGAACAAAUGCGUGUUGCAGGUUAGAAGAACUAACCUCUUAUUCGAUUGGCGAAGUGACGUUCCAAUUGUCAGUCAGUAUUUAACAAUACAAAGACGACUUUUAGAAUUAUAAUGUCGAAACGUAAGGCCACCAGUUCUACGAGUAAAUUACAACCAACGACUACAAAAAGGGGUCACUGGUCGGCUGGUCUACUUAAAUCUAUGGAGGAUCCUGAAUCUAAGGUCGAGGAAGACGAUCAGAUAAUUGUCAUUAAAGACAAAUAUCCUAAAGCGCAAUUUCACUACUUGGUUUUACCGAAGGAGAAUAUUCUCUCCAUAUGGAAAGUCAAGGAGGAUCAUCAAGAUUUGCUUACGCACAUGCAUAAUGUUGCGUGUGAUCUGGUAAAAAAUCAGGCGAACCACGAAUUCAUCAUAGGUUAUCACGCGAUGCCCAGCAUGCAGAGGCUGCACCUACACGUGAUAAGCACGGAUUUUAAUAGUCCUUGUAUGAAAACCAAGUAUCACUGGAACUCUUUCACAACGCCGUUUUUCUUACAAUCGUCAGACAUGUGUCGUCAGUUGCGCGAAGAGGGCGAAAUCAAAAAGGUUUCUCCGCAGAAGGUUGAGGAGUAUCUGAACGCAAAACUAAAGUGUCACAAAUGUUCGACGCAGCCAAAAAAUAUGCCAGAAUUGAAGAGGCACUUAUUAACUCACAUCAAUAAAUGAAAGGAAUGAAAUGUAGAGUGUACGUAUAAGAUAAAACUUUUGUGUGAUGAUACAAACAAUAUGAGUGAUCUGUUUAAAAUAAAAGGAUAUUUAUUUGUUA